AGAUACAAGUCACCCUACCAUUUAUGAGACUGAAAGGACCAGCCGAUGGCCAUAACCCAAUGGUUUUAUUUUAUAAUAUUUUAUUAUCCAUUUUUCACGUUUCUUUGACUCAAUUGACACGUCAUCACAUUCAAGUGAUGAGUAGAGAAAUAUGCAAGUGUUCAGUCGUUUCUAAUUACAAAUGAAUAAAUAUUUCUGAAUGUCUUUUCAUUGCCAUUAAUGUUUUUCUCAUUUUUUCUUUGCUCCUGCCUUCAUUUGAAUAAUUUAUAUGGGUACGAACAUCAGUUCAUCAUUGUAUCCGUACGCUGCAUGUCACUGUCCUGGCCAUAACUCUCUCUUUCUUCAUAAAUUAUAUUUGCUUUCACUUUCAACUUCAUUGCAUUUGCUUUCAAUUCUGUCCAUUGCCUCUUUCUCUUUUUCGCGGUUGCUGUUCUUCUGAACAACCUCAAAAAAAGAAAAGAAACCCCAUUAACUCUCCUGACCGUUUGUGCAAGUUGUUAAUGAUCUUGCAUUAAAUACUUGCACUUUAUAUUAAUUGCAAACCCAGCAUGAAGCUCGCUGACUGUACUGGCUACAUUAUUAAUAACAGCAGCAAUAAUAUUCACUUUUGAUUUCCAUGGAUAACAUCAAACUAGCAUUUAAACCUCUCCUCUCCCUGAAUGCAUGUCUGUUUCUAUCUCUGAAACUAUAGAAUUUGCUCCACAGUACUUUUUCCCUCUAAAGUGAGUGUGAGCUUUAAGGCUUUAGGGGUGUUUCAAUUCAGUAGUGUUGAGUAAUUGGUUGUUGAAGAUUUAAUAUUAAGUGGAGAGAUGGGAAGGACGCCAUGUUGUGAUAAGAAGGGAUUGAAGAAAGGGCCUUGGACUCCUGAAGAGGAUGAGAUUCUUAUCGAGUACAUAAAAAAAAAUGGCUAUGGAAGCUGGCGUUCUCUGCCUAAGCUCGCAGGUCUUCUUCGAUGUGGGAAGAGUUGCCGGCUUAGGUGGACAAAUUAUCUUCGGCCGGACAUAAAACGUGGCCCCUUUACUGAAGAGGAAGAGAAGCGUGUCAUACAGCUUCAUGGCAUUCUUGGAAAUAGGUGGGCUUCCAUUGCCUCGCAGCUUCCAGGAAGAACUGACAAUGAGAUCAAGAAUUUAUGGAACACUCACCUGAAGAAGCGCAUGCUAUGCAUGGGGCUGGAUCCGCAAACUCAUGAGCCCCUCACCUCCUCCUGCGGACCAGCCAUUAAAGCUCCUGCAUCCCCAACCACUCGCCACAUGGCUCAGUGGGAGAAUGCUAGGCUUGAAGCUGAAGCUAGGCUUUCCAGGGAGUCUUUGCUCUUCAAUCCACAGCAUUUCGGGAAAACUGACUCUGAUUAUUUCCUUCGCAUCUGGAAUUCAGAGAUUGGAGUAUCGUUUAGGAAAUUCAACAAGGCAGAAAAACCAGCAUGUGAAAGCCCCAUUUCCCACGGUUCUUCAUGUACAAAAUGUGGAUCAGUUUCAGCUAUCACCAUGGACAUUGGCCACAACCUAGGGGGUUCAUCGACUCUGGCAAGUAAUCAAAAUGAAGACACAGAAUGCAAGAGCUAUAAAUCAUGCACUGAGGAUGCGUUUGCCGGGUCUGAUUCAUCAAGUUGUGAGCUGCAGGAUUCAUCAGACUCUGCACUGCAACUGCUGUUGGAUUUUCCUAUCAACAAUGAUAUGAGCUUCUUGGAAGAUGACUGUGUCUAUGCCACAUCUUCUGCAAUGUUGAUGGACAACUCUUUGAUCUGCCCCUCUGAGGCAUCAUGCCUAUUCUGAAACCUCUGUUUUGAGGCCGUUUUUGGUUACCUUAGGUUAUGAAGAAUGGUGCAAGAUCAAUGAAAUUUUUUGUGAAGGUAGAUGUUAUUGGUAUUAAUCCAGACCUAGUAUGUAUAGAAGAUAUGUAAUAUUUGUGGUCGCCUAAAACCUUUUAAUAUUCAUGUUAAACUUUGAUUGUUGUUUUGUUAUAUUACCAUGUUCAAUAAAACUAUAUAUACCUAGUUUUGAAAA